AACAGGUGACGCAUUUAUCAAUUUCGUUUUAUGUCAAAAGAACAGACAAAGAGUGAGUUAAAAUUGUAUUUUUACACAUUUUAUAAUAUUUUUGUGCAAAAUGGCAUCGAGAAAAAAGGUUUUAUUGAAGGUCAUCAUCCUUGGCGAUAGUGGCGUUGGUAAAACUUCGCUCAUGAAUCAGUUUGUCAACAAGAAAUUUUCCAAUCAGUACAAGGCAACAAUAGGCGCAGAUUUUCUCACAAAAGAGGUAAUCGUCGAUGAUAGGAUUGUAACAAUGCAAAUUUGGGAUACUGCUGGUCAAGAGCGUUUCCAGUCGUUGGGGAUGGCCUUCUUUCGCGGAGCGGAUUGUUGCGUUUUAGUAUUUGACGUAACGGCCCCCAAUACCUUCAAGUCCUUGGAAAGUUGGCGAGAUGAAUUCUUGAUACAAGCCUCACCCCGUGAUCCGGAUAACUUCCCGUUCGUCAUUUUAGGCAAUAAGGUCGAUUUAGAAAAUCGUGGAGUAUCAGCUAAGCGUGCGCAGCAGUGGUGUCAGAGCAAAAAUGAUCUACCUUACUUCGAAACAAGUGCCAAAGAAGCCGUGAAUGUAGAACUAGCCUUCCAGACUAUUGCUCGUAAUGCUUUGGCUCAGGAAACUGAAGCAGAGCUGUACAAUGAGUUCCCAGAUCAGAUCAAGCUUAAUGCUAAUGACAAUGCUCGCAACAGAGAUGGGGAUAACUGUGCCUGUUAGACUUCCAAGUUAAUAACUCAUUUAUCAGCAAUAUAAUAGUGUCACCAUUUUUAUAAAAUUACUUUAAUAGAUUGUAAUAUUAUUGUAUAAGUUAUAUUUUCUUUGUGGACAUAACUAUAUACAUGUGAAAUUGUAAAAGGGUAAUACAAAUCACAUGAUUUCUUUGCUGUUUCUUUGUUAUGCACAUAUCAAUUGUGUAAUGCACAUAGCUAAAUUAAUUGAGUUUUUUUUUCUAGUGUAGAGGCACUAUCAUACUCAAAGUACAACUUAUACUUUAUGUUUCACAAUAGUAUAAUUAUGCCACAAAUCUUUUAACA